CGACUCGAACUAUUACUUUUCCUACCUAUUUGCAGCACAUUGGAAAGGGAAGAUUUUACGCAAGAAAAUAGUGGCUCAUAUUUGUUAGAGAAAUGUUGAGAAAUAUAAAUAGAACUUAUUCAAAUUUUCUUAAUAAAAAUAAUCUGGUCCAGAAAUGUUAUUCAACCAAACCGAAAGUAGCCGAGAUCACUGCCAUGGGACAAUCAUUGGCCAAUAAAGGAUUUUUGAGACCUCAUAAAAAAUACGAUGCUCCAGCUGACGCUGCAGAUAAGGUCCGUGCUAUUUGCGGAAACAUUCAACUUCCAGCAAAAUCGGAUUACCAAUUAAAGUCCCUAGAAGAGAAAUUUAAGCUUUUGGAAGCUUGUUUUUCAAAUUUUAAUCAUAGUGUACCUAAUUCACAGAUAUAUGAGCUUAAAACAGUGGGUGAUGUCAUAAAAUUCUACGAAAUAUCCGUCGACACAACUGUUCCCUAUGAUGCAUUGAAGCAUAUGGAUUUGCCAGAAAAUUUACACAUACAAUACGAUUAUGUUCGAUUUAAUAGCGAAACUGAUGCUAAGUUCAAUGGUCAAACUGCAUUCCCUAAGAGUUCGACAUUAGUGACAGGACUUAAAUAUCGUGGAAAAUAUGCCGGCAAUGAAGCCAAACAUUCUUGGCCUUAAGUAAAUAACAUUUAUAUACAAUAAAGAUUUGUUUGUUGGUAAAUUUAA